AUGGUUUCAACCACCAUCCCGACGGCUUCACCAGCACCCCGCACCACUACCAUCCCCACCACUGCACUGCCAUCAUCCCCACCAAGUUGUCCGUUCCCUCCCCAAAUCUUAAACAUCCCCCAAAAUUCUAUAUCUCCCGCUCUUCUCAAAAUUCACAAUGGAAAACCCUUGUCUGCAUCGCCCACCCCAAUCGCUCUCUUUGUCGGCACCCGGCAUGAAUGUUGGCAUAAUCUCUUUCUUCAUUCAGCUCUAGUUCUUUCUCGGAAGAUACCAAAUUCAGUUCGUGGCAUCAAUGAUGCAUGUAGAUACUUUCUGAUAGAGAGCGGUAUUGCACUCUUUGUAGCCUUUUUGAUCAAUGUCUCAAUGAUUUCUGUUUCUGGCACUGUCUGCUCAGCCAAAAACCUACCAAGUGAGGAGAUGGAUCGUUGCAGUGAUCCGAACCUUAACUCAGCUUCCUUUCUUCUUAAAAAUGUUUUGGGGAAAUCUAGCUCCACUCUUUAUGGAAUAGCGCUAUUAGCUUCCGGCCAGAGUUCCACAAUCACAGGCACUUAUGCGGGUCAAUUUAUUAUGCAGGUAGGUUAGAUGAGAGUUCUCUAGUAGUAAUAUUACUAAGACAACCACCCAUUUCAUUUUAAGGAUCAAACUUAAGAGUGUAAUUGUUGGUAUCACAAGGUUUCUUGGACUUAAAAAUGAAGAAGUGGCUCAGGAAUUUAAUGAUAAGGUGCAUUGCCAUCACACCAAGUCUAAUUGUGUCAAUAAUUGGUGGGUCAGC